AUGUACUAUAAAGGCCGGGAUAAAUCAAAGUGGUGCGAAUUUCACAGGGAUUACGGUCACAGCAUAACUGAAGACUGCAAAGACCUGAAGGAUGGGAUCGAAGACCUCAUUAGAAGAGGAUACUUCACCCAGUACCAAGCAAGGGUCGACCGAAAAUCUCCAUCAAGAGAAGAUGAAAACGGCAACAGAAGGCCAGUCAAAGACAGGAUCAAUGAAAUCCACGUCAUCACGGGUGGACCGACAAGAGGUGAAAGCAUACAUGGUGCCAAAGCUAGCUCGAAAGAGGUCAGGCACCAAGUGAACUACAACAACACAGGAAAGUGGCCGGCACCUCCAGCCAUGCCGUCUAUGGAUUUUACGUCGGAGGACACCAGGGGUAUUGUCUACCCCAAUGAUGAUCCCCUGGUAGUAUCUCUGCAGAUAUCAACCGCAAUGGUUCAUCGCGUGCUAGUGGAUGGAGGAACAUCUGCCAAUAUACUGUAUAAAGAGACGUUCGAAAAACUGGGCUUUGACACUACAUGUCUGAAACCGGUCUCAUACCCAGUUAUCGGUUUCACAGGGGCCUAUGUCGUCCCAUAA